GUUGUUUCUCGUGCUGCUACGGCUCGCUACACAAAAAUGGUAGUACCGGUGUCACAAACUAACUAUUUAGAACACAGUGACAAAAGCUAAGUAGUCGCUUGACUCUAGCUAACAAGAACGGCACCCGGGAAUAGUUGAAAAGGAAACAAAUACUUCUUCGACAAGAAGGAAAUAAAAAAGUGGGUGUAAAAAGGAGGACUACAAAUCCCCACCUGGGGAGCUGCUGGAGCCUCAGGGUGCUGGAAUGGAGCAACUCAUAGAGUCGCUGGAAAGGAAGCUACAGAGACCCAUACUGGCUAAGUCGCGUACCCUCCCCAGCAUCCCCCAGUCUCCAACGGUCUCCAGGGUCCACCACUCUGAUCUCAUUGGCGGGAGUCCUCCGCGCAUGAAGAGUCCUCCAGUUGCCACCAGCCACUCAAAGGCCUGCACUUUGCCACCUGCAGGGGAGCUUUGGCGUUUGGAGGAUGACAUGGAAGGUGACAAUGACACAGAGAAUAGCGGCUGCCCUGAGGCCCGUCCACGCUCCCAGUCUCCGUUCUCCCAUUUCCGAGCGCGGGCUGCUUACCUGCGCAAGAGCAUGUCAGCUGAUGAGCACCUAGACAUGGGCUCCGACUUCGGCGCAGUGACUGCGGUCGAGGGCAAACAGAACCGUGGGAAGGGAAAGCUAAAGAGGAAGUUUAGUCUGGGCUCAGCUGACCGAAAGGAGAAUCAGAAUAAGAAGUCAGAGUCGGGAAUCUCCAAAUUUACUCAUCGUCUAUCCCUCAAAGAGCGACCAGCGAAGGCAGAGAAGACUUCAUCAGAAAGGCCUCCAUCCUACAGGAGACGAUCUCUUAGUGUCGACUGGGCUGACUCGGCCAAAAUGACGCAGCCCAUGAGAGGGGACCAGGCCCACCAGCCGGUCUCGGCUCGCAAGUCUGCCAGCCUGUCCUCACCGAGCGCUGCUCGCCGCCUUUACCGCAAUUUGUCUGGAAAGUUCCGCGUGGGCACCAACCCCCCUGCUCUGGAGGACAGUGUGGUGUCAGGACGGGGAGGAGACAAGGAGAGGCUGCGCAAAACCACCAUAUUUCAGAGUAAUGAAGCGCUGUUUGAGGCAGUGGAACAUCAAGAGUUGGACCUGGUACAGCUCCUUCUCUCACAGUACAGUCUGGAGGAGCUGGAUCUCAACACUCCUAACAGCGAGGGGCUCUUGCCCCUUGAUAUCGCCAUCAUGACCAAUAAUGUGCCCAUGGCUAAGCUUCUGCUGCGAGCCGGUGCCAAGGAAAGCCCCCACUUUGUGAGUCUGGAGGGCCGAGCGGUUCAUUUGGCCACUCUGGUGCAGGAGGCCGAGCAGCGAGUGUUGGAGCUACAGCCCCAGGUGCGGAAUGAGGGUCCCGGUGAGCGGGAGGGAUCUGACCGUGAGCGCCAGCUAAAAGCUUGGGACUGGAGGCUCCGGCUCUUCCGACGCAUGCAGACAGGCUUUGAGCAUGCCAGUCCUCCAGAUGCUCCCAGUGUAGUUUCCCUGUCUGUCAGCAGCAGCACCAGUCUAAAAGUUGACUUCCAGGAACCUCUUUGUGUCAACUCUGCUGUGGUUACCAAAUACAAAGUGAGCUGGAGCAGUAAUCCUUCAUUUAGUCCUCUGCUGGGUGAGAUGAUAGUGGAUGAUGCCACUCAACUGGAGUGCAACAUUACUGGAUUAACAUCUGGGACCUAUUACUACGUGCAGGUGUCAGCGUACAACAUGAAGGGCUGGGGGCCUUGGAAAAUUUCCACACCGGCCUGCGCUGCACCUUCCAGUUGGAGGGACAUUGAUGGCCGAGCUCCACGUCAGAGAGGACAGAAGGAGGCACUGGACCAGCUACUUGGGCAGAUAAAAGAAGCUCACCGCAACUGUGUCUGCCAUGAGCAGUGCAAAGCUCCGCCACAAAGCAGGAAGCACUCGGUGUCCAAGAGCCUGCGGCACCUUUUCCAGCCCACCAGCAAAUUUGUCAAAAGCUUGAAAAGAGGUCUCUACCUGGCGUCCAUAUUCUACAGAGAUGACAACGUGUUGGUGACUCCAGAGGAGCAGAUUCCUAUCGUGGAGAUUGAAGAUUCAUAUUCGAGCUCACUGAUGCAGGACUUUCUAUGGUUUACUAAGGUGUCCUAUCUAUGGGAGGAAAUUUCGUGGCUGCAGCAGUGCCUCGGUCCUUCCCAGACGUCGUGUUCAUGCACUCUGCAGACUCGCCUCAAGAUGCUGCAGGCUGUCUCCCAUCUACAGGGAGCGCUGGGAACCCAGGAUCUUGGUCAGGUAUAUUUUGAGCCCAUCAAAGACAAGCACGGUAACGCCCUGUUGGUGCUGCUGAAGGACAUGAAUGCCUCUCCCAACCUUGACGGAGUACGCUGGACGCAGCUUUGUAAACUACAGCUCCAACGAAAAUCGAUAUCAUCCCCCGAAGAGCCAACUGCGCUGGACAUGCUCCUCAUCACACUUCACGAGAAGCUGGCGUACCACAGGCGUAGCAGGAAGCUUUUGUCUCCAGGCUUAUAUCUGGGCUACCUGAAGUUGUGUACAUCGGUGGAGCAGAUAAGAGCACUGGUGCCCCAGAAACUCCCCAACGUGCUCUGUCAUACCAAAAUUCGAGACAACAGCAAUGUGUCCAGAGAGGAGUGGCAGUGGCUUCAGGCCCUCAGCUCUCUGGAGGAAUCACUGGAAAUGGACCAUGAUGUACAGAGUGCUCCUCAUCGCCUCCUACAGGACCUGCGUAAUGCCAUCAAGGACCUGAUAGCUCACAUCAACAUUCCUGGCAAUCAGGCACAGGACUUCCGUAUCUACAGCCAGGAAGUGUUGGAGUUUGGGGAGAAAGUGUGUUUCCUCCUCCUCCUGCCACCUUCAGAUGAAGUCUGCACGGCUCCCGGUCAGAAUAAUCCAUACUCCCCGCGCUCCGGCUUCCUCACACUGCCGCUGCAGAUCUUUGAAUUGGUGCACUUUAAUGCCUAUUGCCCCAGUUUCAUCGGCCAGUACUGCAGGGUGUCCGCCUUGCUGGAGCUGGAGUCCCUCAUGUCUCAGCAGGCACUACGGGAGGCCUUCUCUGAAGCCGAGCUCCUCGUUGCCAAGAAGAAACACCAACAAGUUCAGGAACACAUGCAGCAAAUGGAGGAGGUGUGGCGGGAUGUGAGAUGGAUUAUGGAUGCCUUGCAGUACGCCCGCUACAAGCAGCCGACAGGAGGCAUCUCUGUAAGCUGGAUAAUUGACUUCUCUAAAGAGGUGAUGCCUGACAAGCCUCCCUCUACCUCAUCUCAACCAGACUUCAUGCCCUCCCCUAUGCCUUCACCCGAACGCUGCCGCAAGCACUCAGAUUUUGCUGGACUCUCAGAUGAGGAAGGCUCCUCUGAAGUUUUCCUCACUACUGACAGUGACUAUGACUCCAGUCGUGCCCAGAGCCCCCGAGAGCUGGACCUGUUGCCCCCUUCCCCUCUCUCAUCCUCUGCGCCCCUGGAGCCCCGUGGUUUCCUGCGCAUCGACGGGGGCGGCUCAGGAGGAGGAAUGCAUCUCAGCGGGGGUGGACGUGGAGGGGGAGCUCUGCGGGAUUCCACACCAGACGUCCUCCAAGCAUCAGAGUCGCAGCACGGCAGGGAAGGAGAGAGGUGUGGAGGAGGUGGAGGCUUUCGAUGUGGAGGAGAAAGGCGAAGGGGAGCUCCGGAGCUGUUUGACAGUGACUUCAUCCUGCCCAGCAGGCAGAUUGAACUUUUGCACAUCACAGAGAAGAGGCAGGCCUUCUGCGUGAGGACCAGCAGUCUGGAGUUCCCUUCCAACACAUCCGCCCACCAGCAGCCUUACUCCUACCACACUACUUGCCCUUCACCUUCCACUUCACCGCAGCGAAGAUGGCACCGGCCCUCAUCAGUGGACCGCUGCUGUUCCGCUGAGCGCUGCCUGUCACGGCUUCCGCCGGCACGCACAUUAUCAGAAGACAGCGGCACUCAGAGACUCGCCUCACCAUCACCUGCUGCUCUCAGGAAAGGCUGUCACGCCACACUCAGAGUCUACCCGCAGUACCGCACAGGUCUGCCAAAGGAGACCAGCGUCAAGCUUUGUGUAACUCCAGGCACAUCCGCGCGGGAGAUGGUCCAGCUGGUGGUGCAGGAGAUGAACGUCGUGUCCCGGCGCAUGAUGGGAAGCAGUGAAAACGGUGACGAACAGGAGCAGUGUGUUUACUACAGUCCUGAACAGCUGAAGCACUUCGGCCUCGUGCUGGUUGUGGACGACAGAGAGAAGUGGUUACAGGACGACUUCUGUCCCCUGGAGCUUCAAAACCCCUGGCUGAGGGGCAAACUUUGCGUUCGUAUUAAGGAGUAUUCGCCACUAGCCCUCAAACACAGCCGGGCCACCACAGUGUGAUACUUCCCAGAAGUGAGAGGGGCAAAUUUUAAGAGUUCACCCCGUGCCGAGAUUCUGUUUUGAUAAACGUACUGAACUGUCAAGCUGUCUGCAGGCUCCUAAACUCUACAAUUUUUUCCCUCUCACUGUGUUGAUACUGUCUUCGGCUGCAGCUAUAUCAUGUUGUCAUAUUUUCUGCUGUGUUCUGGUUAUCUGAAAUGCUACUCCGAGAAUCUGUUUCCAUGAAAUCUGUUCUCCCAUACGUAGGACCUUUUUUUUUUUUUUUUGAUGAACAUCAGAGACCCUCAUAUGGACACCAAAUGAACAAUAACAGUAGAACAAAGAGAAAACAGUUUUUUGUGCUGUCAGAAGUCAUUGGGUAAAAGAUUGUGAUGCUGAGCGAGAUUAAUGGCGCGUCUCUUUGACUUUUGGCGUGAUUGACGCCGGCAGAUAGAGCCGUGCGUGCUGCCAAAAUGACAUGGGCAGCAUCAGCGCCUCCCAGUCACACGCGGACACGGCUUUUCCUAUGAACCCUCUUAUUGUGCUGUCGGCUCCAGCCGUCCGGCCCCAUGUUCCCAGGAUGUGGGCUCUGGACUUAGCCCAGGAGGCAGGAAGGAAGGGGAGAAGUACAGAGGUGGCUGGCGUCUCUGCUCGGGGAUGCAAUGGACCCGACAAUUUGGCCCGUCAGCUUGUCACUCAACUGCUCUUGGCCACUGUACUGUCUAGCAGCAAGCAGCCAAGGAAUUGAGAGCAUGAUAGAGAGUGAGAGUGAGGAAAAAAAAGAGUGAAUAGGAAGGAGGGUGGAGGUUACAUCACAUAAACCCCGGCACUAACUCUGGUGCUCCUUUUCUCCCUUUUGCAGCAAGAAGUCUGCUGUGUAGUAGACUUAGUCACAGUGUAGCUAACCGAUAUGAUCAUCUUGUGGAGAAACACAAUAAAACCAGCUGAUUUGGGUUUUCAAAACAGAGAAAAAACAAGCAAUACUUUUUACUCUCUCCUUUUUUUUUGUUAUUCUAAUUGAUGAAGAAAAAAAAGCAUGCAAACCUUCCAGAUUUGUGCCGAGUACAUUUCAAGUACUGUAGUCAUGCUGUGCUCAGAGUUAACUAGUUCAGUGUUUUGUUGUGUUUGAUUCAGUGGUGUUCCCAGAUGCAACAGAAAACGGUGCACUUCAGUCUAGAACAAGUUCUCCCAAAGGGUUGUUAAGAGGCCCACCAUUUGUAAGAUGCACACUACACAGUAUAUCCCAAACCAUGUCUUACUCUGCUUUAAAAUGUGUUACACAUGAAACGACUUCAGCAAAGGGACUCAGUUAUUUAUUUUUUUUACAUUUCUACAAAGCGAGACUCGUGACCAACAGAUCGAGCCAUUCGUAUUUGUAUUAAUAGGAGGCUUUAAGGUUAUGUGAUGGUCCUACACACAGUUUAGCAGACCACCAUCUACAUGUUGUUGCAGUUUCCUGUCACCAGGGGGCAGUGUCAAAAAUCUGUGGAACACCUGGUCCACAGACUACUCAUAGACAGUAUAAAAGAUGGAAACGGCUACCAUAACAUCACAUUUUAACCUCAAAGACCGAUUUACUCAAAUUGAGCACUUUUUACUUUACUUACUUUGCUUUUUACUAAAUUCAUUCACCUGGUAACACACACAUUUAUACAGUACUCUUAUUCGAUGCCUAAGCACUAAAAUUCACAUGCACGCUGAAACUCUGAUUUAUUAAUCGAGGGAAACUUGGAGUUCGGUAUUUUGCCCAAAAAUGCUUCGGCAUACAGAUUGCAGGAGCUGGAGAUCGUGUCACCGAUGUUCCCGAAGUUCUGUCUCCUGCCACCAUUGCCAUGGGUCUGCCACCAGGUGUGAUUGGUGACCCCAAACUCAGCUGCUAAGCACUCGUCAAAAAAAAGUCCAUAGCCGAUAAACAUACCCUGGGUAUUGGUUUCUGAAACACCGUACCACCAAGAUUUACAAAAUGAACUCUAACCAAAAUGAGUGACUGAGACCAUAAAGUCAGCUGGAAAGUGUUUACAGAGGUCAAGUCAAGUCAGAGAGUUGUUUUCCCAGACUCCUCUAUGGGACCAGAAGUCUUUUUGCAACCACAGAUAACACCCCCUGGUGGCAGUUAGAAAGAAUGCAGGUUUAAAGGACUUUAUCUUAGUUUCACUUAUCAAUACCGGAAACUACCUCCAUCUUUUAUGCUGUCUGUAAGACUACCAUCAGCUUGGUACACCAGCCAGUCCUGGGUUAGACUGACACUAUAACCUAUGAAGAGCUGAAAUGAAAUGAGUGCCCACUUUUCAGCUACUCAGUAUUCACCCUAUAUCCCCAUUGGGCUGUACACUGUUGGGUUAUAGAGGAUAGCACACUCUGGUGGACUGCAUAAGCUGGAUGCCCAAAAUUAUUCACUCUGCGUAGCCAAAUACCUACGCAAAUGGAUACAGACACGAGACUUUGAAUUCUGCAUUGAACAGCUGCUCUCAACUUAAUUCAAGCAUAUAUUGGUAUUCCCAUCUGUUCUUGCACUGUAAUUCUGGUUGAUCAGGUACAAUCUCCCACAAAAUUUGGGUAACACUUUGUGGGACUACAUCACGCAGCACCAAUUGGGUCUUCAGCUAGCCAACACAAGGUAGCUUGGUAGUCACAUCAUGGAUUUCAGAGUCAUAGACUAAUGCUACAAUCUUGAGAUCAGGCCCAGGUCUGCAACCACUUGGAGUCAGUCGCCAUCGGUGAUGUCAAAGAUGUAAAAUUGCAAUAAGAUAAAGUCAUUAGGAAUCUAUACGGAUUAUUAGUAACAAUACAGUGAUUUACUGUGAUAAAUUGACAAAAAUCACAUAUCUGUUACAUCUAGAUGCACAAAAAUUCUCAAUAAACAGAAAUAAACAUCAGCUACUUACAUUCAGAGUUCAGCCAGAAUCUCAUAGACGAAAAUACAAAUUCAGAUUCCUUCACAAACAAUGUUGUUGCUGCUGGUUGGCAAUUCAACUACAAAAUGACACAGGUGCUUGGUGACGGGUCACAGGCAAAUUGCACUCACUGACUGACUCACAUUGAUGACAACGCAUUGAUCGUCUGUCUUUGUUUAUAAUUUACAUACCAGUUAGUUGCAAACCUUUGACAAUCUGUAUGAGAGUGACUGCAGUGAGUCUGAGUCAGACACCAACUGGUUGGAGACAAGUUGCCUCCACCAGGUGACCAGGUGUGCAACCUAGCCUGCAAUCAAACGUUGCAAACAAAAAAAAGAAAACAAUCAGCACAAUCACUGGGUAGCCACUGAAUUUUUUUUCCUAUUUACAAGGAGGUUACCAUCCUAUUCUUACUCUAGUGUGACUGAAUCACGCUGCACAUAGGACAACUUUGACAUCAAAAGUAUAUUUGGGUUUGGCAAAGCGCUCAGUUAAAUAAAACGACUGAUGCCAAGCGCACAUUCUUGCUCCCGGUCUGCAGGUUAAAAAGUAAUGGCUGGCUUGUUAUGACUUACACUCGUGCACUUAGCAAAGCUGUUGACUCACUAGUUUUUGAAGAUGCCCACAUCAGAAACUUUUCACAUCUCAAUUAAAUUUAAAAAAUUAUCUGCUUCACUCAGCUGACUGUAUAACUUCUAGUACUGGCUUCUGCUGUAUAUUGGUAAACUGUGCCAAAGAAGCAGUUCAGUAUGAGAAUUUGUAUAUCAUUGCCGUGACUGUAAUUACCACUUGUGGCCACAGAGGUCACUGUUGCCAAUCCUCUGCAAAUGUUACAUAAUGUUCUUAAAUCUGCUCUACCUCCAAAAUAUGACAUAAAAAAUAUUCCUUCAAACUUCUUAUCAAUCAGAACUUAAAAGCCAGAAUGGAGAUUUCUUCAUUCUAAAUUAUAUUACAAUUUCAGCCUUAUUUCCUGUAGAAAGCGUUUGGGACUUUGAGAAUCCCAUACAGGUACAAAACACCAUCUUCUUCCUUUUUUUAAAUUAUAAAUCCAUUUGUUGUAACUCGGAGAUGCUACCAGCAAUAAUGCUAGCAAUCUUGCUAGUCAUAAAGCUCCAUUGAGAAAUUCCCCACGACACAUAAAUUGUCUCAGCAAAGGCAAUUCUCAUGGAGACCUGUAUUUUUCUUAUUAACCCCUAUUCAUUCUUCAUGAAUUGGGCCUCUUACCAAUCUACACUUUCCCUUUUUUUUUUUUUUUUUAAGAUAAACUACUGAAACACUUGAAACACAGCAGUCUGUGCAUAGUUUACAGUAUCUCAUGCUAACAGGAAGUCUUUUUUUCCCUCUCAGCUGUUUUCAGCCUAUGAUGAAUAGGUUUCCUCUUCUAAAAUGUCAGCCAAGCUCAGCAACGUCUUACCGUCACAGUGACCUGCAGAAUUUUCAAAUGUAGCACCAGAAAGGUCCAAAGGAGGAGAGUUUGAUGAAGUCGGUGGACCUGGCCUCAGUUACUGUAGCAUUCCAGGUUCACAGGAUGCCGUUGAAGCUUUCACAGAGGGAGCCAACAGUGGUGUCUUUCAAAGUGUUUACAGACUCGACUUACUUUCCGUACUCCUUUUGUUUACUUGUAACUACUGUAUAAAGAUGUCUUAAGACAAACUGUUGUUCUAAUAAGUUGUAAUUGGUUUUACUGAUGGCUUGAACUCUUGUGUUAGCGCCUAGAUGUCUUCUUUAUUCGAACUGUUUAAAGCCGUUUUUACGAGGGCCAUCUGCAAAAACAAAUCACACAGCCAGAAACUGAACUAUGUAUAUAGACGAACGAGACCAGUGUGGAUGAAUGUACUGUAUCGGCCCUAAAUGUGAAAGUAAAUGUAAGACGGGUUAUCAUAACAGAGGUCAGAGAUCAGAGAAGUAGCAGGCUGGUUGUUGUUUUUCUUUUUUUCUUUUCAGAAUUGUGCUGAACGGGAAGAAAUUCCCUUUCCAGUCCAAAAAAAAAAAAAAAAAAAAAGUUAGGCACCAUGUUUACAAGGACUUGGCAGAUGCAUCAGGCAAAGUCAUGAAGGAGACAUCACGUCACUUUUUUAAAAUCUAUUUUUAUUGAACAAUAAAUGAAUAUUACAAAAUGAAA